AUGCCGACCACCGCCAGCGCCAACAGGCCCGACUCGCGGGCGUGCGCGGCGUGCCGGCACCAGCGCCGGAAGUGCCGUCCCGACUGCCAAUGGGCCGAGUUCUUCCCCGCCGCCCUCCCCCAGACCUUCGCCAAUGCCCGCUCCCUCUACGGCCUCAGGAACAUGAACGAGCUGACCAGGCUCCUCCCGCCCGAGCUCCGCAGGACCGCCAUGGAGACCAUCAUCUUCGAGUCCAACGUGAGGGCCUUCGACCGCGUCGGCGGGUGCUACCGCAUGAUCCGCGAUCUGGCCGCCAGGGUCCGGCUGGUGGAGUGCGAGCUCAGGCAUACCCAUCAGCUGCUGGCCUUGCUUCGCGGCUCGGAGCUUAGUACUGAUAACAAUGUCGAGGAUGACGAUCUAGGGUUGGCGCAAAAAUCGAGUGAAGAUCAAGAGGUUUUGAUGCGUGAUUAUUUCGUGACGGACGAUUUCGGAGCGUCGACUUCAUCGUGUCGAGUUGAUGAACCCUCGGGUGCGAAUCGUGUUUGCCAAGGCGACCGGCUACUGAAUUUUCUUGAUGAACAGAUAAUCAGGUUCGAUCCUCAACUUAGCAUGCAUAUAUUUCUCUAG